AUGGGCCACAAGAUGGGCUGCAACAGCGUCGACAAUGGGAAAAUUCUCUUUGACAACGUCCGCAUUCCCCGCACCAACAUGCUCGACGCGCUCUCCCAAGUCAGCGGCGACGGAACAUUCACGAGCCACGUGUUCAGCAAACGCGGCCGUUUCUUGGCCGUCGCAGAUCAAUUGCUCAGUGGCCGCGUGUGCAUUGCCUCCAUGUUGAUGGGCGGCACCAAGUUGACGCUGGCGAUUGCAAUGCGAUAUGCGGCGAGUCGCGCGACGGUCGGUCCCAAAGGCAUGUCGGACACGGCCAUCCUGCACUAUGGCCUGCAAAAGCAGGCACUGCUGCCACUCGUGUGUCCGCACGCAUGGAACAAGUCGACGGAUCCGCUGGACCGCCUCGAGCUCGUCGUGCACUGUUCGGCAAUCAAGCCGGUGGUGUCAUGGAACGCGGAAAACGUCGUGAGUGUCUGCCGCGAGCGAUGCGGAGGCCAGGGGUACCUGUCGGCGAAUCGGUUUGGAGAAAUUUUGGGGUUUUCCCACGCGGCGGUGACGGCGGAACGAGAUAAAUCGAAAACCUCUUAA